AUGGAUUCUAUUUCCACUAAACAACUUUUAACUAAAACUAGAAAAAAAUUACCAAGUUUAAUUAUAGAUGAAGGUGCAUGUUUAUUAUUACCAGAUGAAUUUAAUGGUUAUAUAUGUGCUGAUACAACUGCUGAUGGAAAUUAUAAAUUUUGUUUGAACAUUUAUUAUGGCUUAAUAAAGUAUAAAUGA